CACACACAGUUAUUGGGGGUUUAUUUGUUCUUAUUAGCGGUUUAAUUUAUGAAAUACAGUGAAGUUUGGUUCCCACCUGCAGCCUGCUGACAGGCUGAUGGGUCUAUAAUGUCUCCUGUAGGUAAUAACCAGCUGUCACAUGAGAACAAACACUGAAUGAAACCGAUACAGAAGCACUACUCUAUUAGAAAGCUUGUUUGAUUGUCCUGUCACCUGUUUUAAAGGUUUGUAGACGGACUUUAAAGGUGUAAUGUUAAUAAAACAGGAUAUUUAUGUUUAAUUGUUACAAAAUCAACCUAAAAGACAGAUUAUAAGACUAAAGUAAUUCAAAGUUAAUCAUUUAUAAGCAAACAUAAUAAAGAUAAAGACAAUAUCAGUGUAAAUAAAAGCAUUAUUCUGGACCUCCUUAUACCUAAAUCUAUCAUCCUGUCAUCGGCUCCGUUGUUGGGCAGGGACGCUGUUCAUCAGGGAGUGGUCGAGGUGUGUAUCUGUUCCUGGUAAUGCUGGAAAGGUCCGACCCGACAGCGUGCCGGGUCGCCUUCUCCCCCACAGUUAGUCUGGCUGUUAUCAGGAGUUUCUGUUUCAGCUUCCUGAGAAAGCAGUGUGACGUCUUCUAGCUCCGUGUCACACAUCUGGCACAUUGGCUCGGUUGUUAAUCACCAGGAGGCCUUUAGGUCGUCUGAAACCAGCCCAACUGUUGUAGUAUAGUCUUUAAUUUGAAGGUGUAACAUUUAGGAGGCGUGGAGAGCGGUUGUGACGGCGUUCUCUGUUUGCUCGAUAUGAAAACUGAGUGCAGGCCCGGAUCAGGUGGGAGGGUGUUGACGCUGCUGGGCGACAGGCAUUCAGACUGUUGACAGAGUUGGACAAAAUGUCGGAUCCAGACUCUGAUUCUGACUAUGAUUGUGAAGACCUCACAGAUCAGAUGUCUGCAACACUUCUGUUCACCGGUAAAAGUAAUUCCAUCAUCCAGCCACCAGAUGAGGUUUUUGAACGAUGGAGUUAUAUUCCCAUCGAUACCAGAAAGGAGGCGGCGCAGCGGAUGAAGAUUUGUGCCUUCUGGCUUCCCAUCCUACUGCACCGUGAGGACAGCAGCGCUAUCGCUGCCUGGGCUUUAAAAAUAGGUCUCAUCGACUCAAAUGAAGAUCUAAGUCUGAGGCACCUUCACAAGAUAGAGACAGUGGAAGCAGUCCUCAGAGCUCUGGAGAAAGGAACUUUGAAAAAGGACCAAUCAAAACACGUUUUCUGGAUACGAAACAUGUUUCAGACGCGGUCGACAGAGGUUUUGGAGGAUGCGUUGCAGUGGUUGGAGAGAACGGGAGAGCCUGCGAUUCGCCAUCGUAUCUUGGAUCUCGGCCACAUACACAUCUGCUUCACAGCCCUGCAGGUUAUCUUCACCGAGUUUGCAAAGUAUAUUCACGAAAUGGGAACCAACUUGGAGAAGACGAUGAAGGCACUGAUUGCUCGACCACAUGACCAUAACAUAGAGAAAAGUGAAGAAAUGAAGAGGAAAGGAAAUGAGAACUUUAACAGGAAGCAGUACGAAGACGCUGUGAGGUUUUAUUCCAAAGCCAUCAAUUUUUACCCCGACAACCACAUAUUUUAUGGCAACAGAGCCCUUUGUUAUAUCCGCUGUAGGAAAUAUCUAAAAGCUGUUGGUGAUGGAAAACGAGCUACUCUGAUAAAACCGCUCUGGGCGAAGGGUCACUAUCGCUACUGUGAGGCUUUGUUCUCGUUGGGGGAGGUCAGGAUGGCGAUUGAAGCCAACAGUUCAGCCCAGAGUCUCUGUAAAGGAGACCAAGAGGGAAUCAGAGACCUGGAAGUUCAGCACGGGAAAUUCAUGUCUGAAAUGGUCGACCCCAAAGUCGGACUGCCUAAGAAAACUCACAGUAAAAGAUCGGACAGCGCUAACAGAGCUCAUGCUCCGGAGUCACGCUCUCAGUCUGUUAAAGGUGUUCAUAGAAAUGAUCCGCCGCCAAACGCAAGUCAACAGAGUAAGGUUUCACAGAAUAAACUGGACAAGAAACCAGGGAAAAAUGAAAGGACUGCACAGAUGGAGAGCAGCACGAAAGACUCUAAAGCAUCAAAAAGUGAGUUUUCUUCAAAGAAUGGGAAAGCAGAGUCCGGCACCCCGGUGAAGAAGAAAUCCAGGAACAAAAAUAGUCUGUCUGAUGAUGAGAUCCAGAAGGUGGACGUCAGUAAAGCAGCUGUGUGUAGAGAGUUGAGAUCUAUGGUGCAGGACGCUCAUGCGGCUCUAACUGACCUCCGCAGCCGCAACGCAGAGCAGGCCUUCAGCCAGGCACUGGCCUUGCUGGAAACCAGCACACCCAAGGAACUUGGACUCUCCACUUUGGACGUGCUGUUGUUGCUUUAUGGACGAGCAUCGGCCCUCACAGAUAUCGGCCAGCCUGAGGAACUUGGAGAAGCACAAAAACUUCUGGAGAAGAUAAAAUCAUUUGAAGAGAGGACGUUUCAGUGUUUGGUUUUCUACGCCAUCGGGAGGGUGUAUGUCCGAGAGAACAGGUUUUCAGUUGCUCUGGAGCAGUUUUCAGAUUCUCUGCAGAUGGUGAAGAAUCAAAUAACGCCGGGUAAACUCACCUGGCCUUUAACAAAAGAGAUUGUCAAAGAAACACAGCCAGACUAUUUCAAGGAAAUUCUGGACAGUGCUAUAGAGUUGUGCAAAUUUCCUCCUGUUCCUGACGCCAUUUGUCGACUUGAGAAAUGCCACGGCCAUUUAAAGGCUGAAAUCUACUUCACAGACCCAGAUUUUAAGGGCUUCAUUCAAAUAUGCUGCUGUCAGAGCUGCAUCAUUGAAUAUCACAUGUCCUGUUGGAAGAGCCUCAAGACAUCAUCCUUCUUUGAAAAGAAUGAAAAGGAUUUCCUACAAGAUCCCUGUUUGACUCCAGACUGCGUCGGACAAAUCUGUAGUAUCAAAAUCUUUGGUCCGACGGGCCUGGUGAAAUGUAAGUUUGACGCUGCCAUCAACAAACCGCAGACUCCAAAGAAGCCAAAAGUGAAUCAGAAAUGUACAAGCCUGAAGAAGUUAAAAUCAAAGGAAGAGCACCGGCUCAAGAGGAAGCAGCAUAAACAGGCGUUUCAAGAUAAGCAAACUAUCAACGAUGAGAUUCUGCUGAAGAAGGAAGAUUCAGCAACACAGAUUCAACAGAAAGCCUGGUUGCUGUACAGGGAUCGAUACCUUUUGCAGAUCAGCCAGAACUUGGAGCUGCUGCGAGAGGAGAAGGGCCUCCACAUGUCGGCCCUGACCAACAGCCUUGGGCCCUGGCUGGAGCUGGACUCGUCGAGGGGGAACCAGCUGGCCGGGAGGAUCCUCAACUGGCAGCAGGAGCAGCUGGAGACUCUCGGUCAAGUUGUUGAACUGCUAUUGGAGAGGAAGAACCGGGUUUGGGCUCGAGUGCUUGUCCAAACACUCAGUAACUGUCUGGAUAUAAAUCCUAAACUCAGCAACUGGGCGUGUCAGCUCAACAAUGCAGGUCUCAACGCUGCCAAAUCCUUCAUUGAGCGCUACUCGGAACACUUGGAGCAGCUGGACUUGUCUUUUUUGCUCAACUUUGGUCCCCUGCAGGAGGUGAUUAUAGAAAAGCUCGGUACUAGGCCGGAGCUGUUUUCAAGCAUUGGCUUGACAGUGACUGAAUACCUAAAACAGGCCCCGCCAGACGACAUGAGACUGUUUAUCUGGACUCUGGAGGAGCAUAGAGAGGAGUAUGUGUCCUGCCACAUUAUACUGGAGGAAUAUUUUGAUAUGAUGGAUGGACAUUGUUCAGUCUUAAAAAAGUCUGAUGAAAAUCAAAAUAAUUCUCCUAUGAAGAGUCGAGGCCGGAAAAAGAAACAGAAAGAGCCGAAGGCUCUUUAUGUUUGGAUGAGCCCGAGACGCGUACCGAGAGAGGAAUUGGACCAAGACUUAUUUGAAGAUGACUCUUUAUCAUUCCUUCACCCCGGUGAUCCAUUCACUGUACCCAGUCACCUUCGAGAGCAAGUGGCCGAUUUUGAGGACCAGUUCAACGGCCCCAGAAACAGAAGUCACUAUAAAAUGAUUUUGGACAACAACCCCGACCCGACAAAAGAGAGUUUGUAUGACUACUUUGCUCAGAUCCUGGAGGAGCACGGUCCCCUGGUCGCUGAGGACCCUUUGCUGGUGGGAGAACUGGAAUAUUUCCCUCCCGUUGCUCAGCAGAAGAUCCGAGAAGCGGGCGGCUUCGAGUCUUUCCUCCUAGAGUCCCUUCGCUUCAUACAGAUGGGGAGGUCCAUUGGCCUGGCUAAGCACGCCGUUUGCCUGCAGCAGACCGGACACGGACCCAGCCUGGACGACCUGGACGACCUGGAUGACCUGGUGGACUCGAACUCCCCUGAUUUUCAGGCAGUUCAUGAUCCGGCUUACACAAGCUACCUGGACCAGUACUCAUUUGCACAGACUGAAGUCUAUCCCAUCCUCCCUAACCCUUAUGUAUCCAGCGUCCUCUCGGCGGGUGGCGUUACUCUGACAGUAAAUGAUCCGUAUUCUCAUUGGACUAAUGGCGACUGUCAGCAGGAAGCACCUAACUUUUUACCUAAAGGCUACGGCGAGCCGGAUCUAUAUUCCGGCGAGGGCGACGGUGGAAUUUGGGAUCAAACUUUCGGCGCCUCGGCGACGACGGAGGAAAACCUUCGGAGGAAACAUGCAGCAGUGCAGACGUGUCAGGAGGCCAUGAGGAGCGUGGCGGUGAAUACUGAGUUUCACGAGCUCUUCGAGAGCUGCCAGGGUGACAUCAACAAAAAGCAAAAGGCCAUCAAGAACCUGAAGGAUCAGAUCCUGAAAAUGGAGAACAGCUGCGACGAAAUCAACAUGAGACACAAAGAAGAGCUCGCGUUCCUCGAGGAGGAAAUCCACAAGAUCUCCACCAACAUACAAGUGACCAAUAAAGAGCUGGUGCUGUUCCAGCAGAAGCUGGAGGAGGAGGUGAGGAAGGACCAGAAGGAGAAGAAGGCCAACCAGGAAGUGCUGAAGACCCUGAAGGCCGAGAUGGAGGAGUUGGUGGAGGAACACGGGAGUCUUUCCCGAAGCAUCCGAGAGAAAAAGAAGAACUAUGACACAAGGUUGAAGGACUUCCUGGAGCUGAGCAACCAGUCGGCGGCGGAGAAGAUGAGUCUGGAGGACGAGAUCAAACGCUGCAAGGUCUCAUUUACCUCGGCGACCCGGAGGUCUCACACGGCUCAGCUGUCAGCGAUGGAGAGCAGUCGGGAUCAGGGUCUGUACGGACUCUACAGAGAGCUGACCAACGCCAAGGCUCUGCUGAACAAACUGGACGAAGCCGUUCACCGACACCCAAACCAGGAACUGGAAAUGACCAGAAACAGCUGGAGAACCAACGUCCAGGAGAUCGAACGCAAAAUCUCUGCUGCCGAGACUCAGUACCAGGAGCAGAAGGAUCAGGUGAAGAACGGCAGAAGAGUCAGCGAGUUGCUUCCGGUCAACGUGAACCACCAGUCUGAACCUCCAGCUGCACCAACGUCUGCGGCAGCCAAAGAGUCACUGCCUCCGUCCUCAGCCUCCCACGGCUCUCCCACCCUCCCCCAGCAGUCUGCGGCCGAGGCGGCGCCCCCCCCGCCUCAGACGCAGCACAAACCUCCGACCAAGACCCCGGAGUCUGCACACGGCACCGUGUUCGACAAAGGCAUGGAGCGCCUGUCCGCCAUGUUCCCCGACUACAGCAGGUCGGACUUGAUGAGGUUCGUUCGGGAGCUGCGUUCAUCCAGUGGCGGAAGCCUGGCCAGCAUGGGGUUGCAGGAUAUGGUCGGUGGAGUGACCCAGCUGAUCCUGGACCAUCAGGAGAAGAUUAAUUCUGGUGCCAAACCAAACAUGAUGGGACGCAGGAGUCCGGCUCAGUACGCGGCCCCCCCUUACGCUGUCCCGGUCUGGCAGACGUUCGGACCUCAGAGAGUCACGCAGUCAAACGCACUCAACGUCGAGGAUCCGUGCAUCAUCUGUCACGAUGACAUGAGUCCAGACGACAUCUGCGUGCUGGAGUGUCGACACGGUUUCCAUAAUGAGUGCAUCCGGUCGUGGCUGAAGGAGCAGAGCACCUGUCCCACCUGCAGAGAUCACGCUCUGCUGCCUGAAGAUUUCCCUGCGCUGUCUGGAAAGAGACGCCAAGCCCCCUGAUGUGUCUUAACCCUGCUGCCCCCCCCCCCUCCCCCCCCCUCCUCCAAUAAUCUGUAUCUGCUUUUAUCUUUUUUUUAUCACUUGUUUCAUUAAAAUUUAAAAAGCAUAAACUUGAGUUUAUUGUACCAUUAAAAUGUUCAGGCGUGCAGGAAGGCACCCAUUUAUACUCUGAAUAAAACGUCUUAUGUUUGAA